AUGGCUGAAAAUUCAUCUGGAGUCCAAAAAGGAUUCAGUUGUUCUGAAAAGGAGCAAGAUGGUGGUCAUUCGCCCCUGCAGCAAUACUGUGAUGAGCUACGUAAAUGGAUGAGUGAGGUCAAUUGUUGGCAAGCUUUUCAUCAAUACAACAUGGCUGUCAUGGCAUAUCAAGAUCGCAUGCGCACCUGGCAGGCUUACUCGUCCACUGGCACCUUUCUUCGACGUCGCGACUCGCGAUUUGGCAAUGUGGAGCCAAAUGAGCCGAAUGCUGAAGACAGAAGAGCACGAGAUCUCCUGCUUCCGGUUCCAGCGAGUGCACGUGAUGUUGCCGUCAUCCACAAUCCGAAUGGGCCGGAUCUGCUCGCUGCUCAGUUCCAGGUGGCAUCCUAUCUACGCCGCUUCAUGGCUGAAGUUAUUGAUUUUGUGUUUGCGUUUUUCAUCAAGCUCAUGUUGGUUUACUACCUUGUAGAAAUGGAUUUCGUGGACCUUAGUCGAUUCGAUAAGCUUCUCGGCAAUGAAGCCGAUCUUCAAACGCUUGUGGAUGUCACCCAAGAGUUGUUUCCAUUGGAAUUACUUGGGAAAUUAGCGUGCAGCUUGUUGGAGGCACUUUGCUUAUCACAGUCGCUGUUCCCUCGAUUUUUUGGGCAAACACCUGGCAAAUACAUCAUGCGAGUUCGAGUUAUUGAAUGCGGGAGUGUUUCCCAUGUAGCAGGGGCACCCCCAAACGUUGUACGUGUCACUGGAGUGCUGUCGGUUCCGUUCAAAGCAGCAAUUUUGCGGUCGAUGUUGAAAAACAUUCUCAUUAACUCCUUGGUGCCAUUCAGUACAGUGGCAUUUGCAUUCAACCACAACCGAGCCAUCUACGAUAUUCUAGCGAGAACAAUAGUUAUUGUUGAUUGA